ACAGGAACAUAAAACUCGAACGCCUUAAGGUUCGCGUCCAUUGGCACGUGCCGGACGCACCGCAUACAUGACCCGCAAUUCAUUGCUUGACGAUAUAUGCCGUCUUUUGAUGCGGACGCGGAUAAUGGACAUGUAAAAUCAUACAAAGUAAACUUAAAUCCGUUGCGGAUCGUGCGUGCGGUGCGUCCGGCGCGAAACAAUAGACACGUACCUAUAAAGUUCAUUGAGACAUUAACCGGAAUCGUACGAAUAACGCUUCGCCGUCGCGGCAGAGAGAGACAAACGUAUGGGAAAACAUGAGACCGCUAUAUAUAUACUGACGUCAUCGCCGGACAUGUUCGGACGAACUUGUGUCUAAAUGAAUCCUUAAAACUGUAGUUAGUAGUUUUAAGAGUCACUGUUUUGGUUAUAAAAAUAGUUUUUCAACUAUUCGAUAUAAGAAGAACCUGAAAUUUAUGUGCGGUUGUAUUUUUCUGCAAGUUAAUCCAAAUUCUGCAGUAUACACAAUAGUGUGGGAGCCGGAUGAUGACCCUGCAGAGCCUGAAAAGCCUGAAGAACCUGAGAAGUCUAAAGAACCUGAAAAACCUUCGAAGCCUGAAAAGCCUGCGAAGCCUGAAAAGCCUGCGAAGCCUGAAAAGCCAGUAGAGCCGGUUGUAAGUGAUACAACUACAGAAAGCAUCAAUAGAUGGCGCUGUGACAGUAAUGAAACACCAGAUGUAUCAUGGGUUAAAGGGAAAAAUGGUAAUAAAAUGAUAUUAGUUGAUGGAUAUUUCUUCACGAGACACGCGGCCUCUGGCGGGAAGAUGAGAUAUCGCUGCUGCAAAUACAACAUUGGAUGUACCGCUUGCCUCUACACUUUAUUGGACGACUCCGCUGUUGUACGCAUGAAAAAUGUUCACAAUCAUCCUAUAAAUAUACGAAGAUAUUACCCAUACUAUUAAAAAGAUAUAUUACGUCUCAGAAUUAGUCUGAGUAUUAAGUAUUAAGCGAUUCUCUAUAUUUAACUUUUGCUUGGAUUAUGUAUUUGAUAGAGUGCGCUAUCUUAAUUCUAUUUUAAUGGUCUUCCUUAGCGCUUAACUAACGUCUCUGUGUGCAACUACUAAUGAUGUAUGUAGGAUAAACAGCUUUAUGUGUUUUGAAGAGUUAAGAUAAGAUUGUUCUUAGCCAGAAAUGUACUCAGCUUUCUCUAGUCUAAUAGUUUACUUUUAAUAGUGUUCUAAAUGUAAUAGUUUGUUAUUCGUGUAGUAAAUAAAAUGUUUUAAAAGGUAAUAGACUUUCAAUUACAGAUGAAAAAUCUGUUUAUGAUUGCGAUAUAUCAUGCUUGGACUGUUUGAAAAACAAUGAUCGCCUUAAGUUACUACGUCCGCGCAGAAUUAAAAAAAAUUCAAAAUCGGAGC